AUGUCAGGAAAUACUUCUCCCGCCAUGAAGAACUUGCCGACGCAUCAUUACUUAGACUCUACUGUGUCACCAUACGAAAUAGAAUGGAACACCGUUCAUAGAGAAGCAAUGCCUAUAUUGGCCGAAUUCUCCAUAAUGAAUCAAAGAUCACCUGCUCCCAGACAGAAAUCUGUCCAUUUCGCUCCUAGAGCCAUUGACAAUGAAUUCAACGAAUUCAAGAUAAAACCAAGUGAUAAAAGACACAAGAAAAAUACCACCGCCUUCAACGUUACUAAGGAUUCGGGAAGGAGGGAGAUUCCAUCAUCUUCGAAAUCGUUCGAGGCAGGUUCUUCCUGCUAUGACCUCAGCUCGACUCCAAUUCAAGCAUUCAAUCGUCGCAGAAUUCAGGAUAAAACCAUUGAUCGACAGUACCGAAUGGAAUUCGGAUCUCAAAAUGACAGUGCUGUUCAAAACCAUCAAUUCAAGCUUAUUGCAGCCAGUACUCAACCUCAAUAUCCUCCCCGUGUCCCAAGUCCUCCAGUGAAGCGAGAGCCACCACCCACACCUCGGCCUAUACUAUUACCCACACCAGAUUUUGAAGAAAAUUGCGAUGAUCAUCUCUACUUCUGUGACUGUCUUGGGUGUUAUGAAGCUGGGAGGCCCCGACGUGUUGUUGAGAGAGAAAGACAAGAAGCACCGGCGUAUUUGAAAAUGGAAAACCAAUAUCAAGCAGCCACUGCCUACAUACGCAAUGCGAGACCAGCCGAAAGCCAGCAAAGACAGGACCUCAAUGUCUCAUCAACGGAAGAUCUUCAUGUGAACAAUUUAAUACGGUUGGGAUACCCUCGAGCCGCUGUCAUCAUAGCUUUGGAAGCGUGCAGAUACGAUUUGGAAAAGGCGGUGACUUUUUUGAAAUAUAAUUAUUGA